UUUGACACUUUUAAUUUGACAACGACAAUUGACAAAACAAGCAAGCGAGCAAGUCAGCAAUAUAAUAUCUGUAAAUUAAAUUUGAUUUUGAUCAAUUGUAACUUAAACUAAGCUGGGUUUAAUUGAUUCAUCAAGAUGUUUUAUAUCAGCAUCUAUGGCUUUAUUAAGAAAUUAAAAAAACAAAGGAUUCACAACAUACUGAACACAGCUGUGCUUGGCAAAAAACUACCGUGCCAUUUUUGUCUGCAUGAGAUCCACCCUGACUCCAAUCCUAAGUUUAUUGUAGUUAUAAUAACUCUGGGAAAUAAGCAAGUUACCGAAAAAGCUUUAGAUCUUAUAAAUGGAUUUGUUUAUUUCGAUAUUCAAACUAAGACUGAAUUGCAUUUAUCAGCGAUUGAUUCAACACAAGAUUUUAAAGUUGAUGCUUAUACCAGCGAUGAUCAAAGUACAAGGGAUAAAGAUGUAAGGCAGAGAGGACGCUCGCAUGGUUCAUACGAAUCACGUAACAGAAGCCGUAGUCCUCUUUUAACUAAUGAUAUAAAUAAAAUAGAUGUGGAGAUUGAACUUAUCCAAAAAGAGUGUGCUCUUGUUGUGCAACAAAGAAAGUUACUUUUGGAGAGGAAGAGACUUGAGUUACUGAAGGACUUUGAGCCAACCUCUAUAAAUGAUUUAGAAAGAUUUGCCGCGGCUAUAAUUAAUCAAGAUGACCAUGAACAAAAACCUGUUCCUCACAAACCUGCUAAGCUCAGAGGUACCCCGGUACCAGUGCUAGCCAGCAGAGCUAUUGUAAAGCAAAUGAAAAGAGCUAUAGCGAAACGUACCAACAACAAUGAAAUUACACAGCCUUUAUAUUUCACGCUAAGGAAGCGUAUUAUCGAAAUAAUAAAAGGCAAAAGUAAUUUGGAAACUGAGGAUAUUAUACAAAUGUAUAGAGAAAAUUAUCCGAUAGAGUCCGAUGAAGAUCUCUUGGACUGUCUUGAAGAACAGAUGAAUACAAUAAAAGCUGUUAAAGAUAAAGUGGUAAAAGCGGUUUCUCAUGAGGAGAAAGUUGAAUCAGGUCCAUCCAAUACUGAUAAAGUGAAUUUUGAAGAAUCAAAGGCAGAAUCAGUUAAAAAGGAAACUACUAUGGAAUUCUUGGAUAAUGAACUAGAUGAUUGGUUAGAAGAUGACAAAGUGAAUGAUGGCAACAUUGAAGAUACUAAGCAAAGCGCAGAAGUUGAUGAUAAAGAAGUUAACACAGAGGAAGUUGAUGACAUUGAAAAGAAUGAACUCUAAUAUGUAAACCAGUGAGUUUACAAUUUGCAUAAUUGCAAAAAUCAUUUUAUUUUAUCACCAUUAAGGGAAAUAAAUAAUUUAAGUGCUUAGUUUUGUAUUUUUAUUUCACAACAAUAUGUUUAAUGUUAAAGUGGACUUCCACUGAAACACUGAUACAAAAACAAUUACCUCGGUUUUAUCCAAGAAUUUUAAUAAUAAAUAUACUUGCAACGCUAUC